AUGGAAGUUUUAGAAGUUAAUCCUUCACAGUCUGAUGUCGAGCAACCUCACCCCCCUGUUAACCACAGCAGACCGUUUUUCUACGUUCAACCACCGUCUCAACCUUAUUUCAUGUAUCAGUGGCCUAUGGAUCCAUUUGGACAAUAUGGCUUUCCAGGGUCUGCUUUUCCUUUUGGACGCCCUUACAUGCCUCCAUAUCAAUAUAUGCAGUACCCUGGUUAUGUGGUCCCGCAUGCGCCCAUGCAGCCGACCGACUACAGAAGAAUGUCCCCCUUCUUACCUUCUGUUGCCUCUUAUGACCUGCGAUUUCGUCAACACUUCCAGCAGAUGAGUAUGCAUCGGGAAACUAUGUCUGCUGAAGCCCAGACGGAGUCUAGAGAUUCUGUUAGCAAGGUGAUGGACUGCCUGAAUGGUCUCCAAGUCUGUGAAAAGUCUGUGGAGCCAAAUAUGGUUUCAUCAACCCCUGCGGUAACUCCAUACACACAUGAAGUUGAAAAACUAAAUUCGGAGCCUCUUAUACAAUUUGAUAAGGUAGGAGAGGGUGCAGCAAUGCCAACAACACUUAGUGACUCUGCGAUGUACGAUGAGUCAAGCCAAGGCCGACUAGAAGAGUGUGUGCUGUCUGAUGUCCUGCCUCUUGAUAGCUCCUCCAUCCAUGAGGAAAGCCAGGACCAAGAUGACCCAAGAAAUGCAAAGAUGACAAGCUUACAUGGUAAAAUAAAUGGUUCAGAUCACAUUGACAACAGAAACAUAACUUCAGAUUUAGCAGCGAUCCACGACUCAGGAGCUCACGUUUCUGAAAUCAGUGAGAAAUCUGAUCUAUGUGAGACGACCUCAGUACAAAGUGAGGGGGUCAAGAAUUUGCCUCCAGUGUCUGUGGAUGUGGUCCAACCUCUGAUGCCAACAACCACAGACUAUGACCUGCCGUAUCAAAUUCUUCACCUGCCUUGCGACAAGGCCACCUCAGGUCUGUUACUUCAUAAGGAGGUCAAUCCCAUGGCAUAUAUGAAUACUGCAUCCACCCUUUUACCUACUAAACGAUAUUCAUUUGGCGGUGCAUACCACUACAGCUACUACCCUCAGGUGGCCCCAGAGCGGCAGAGUGUCCUCAGUCCUUCCUUGGAUGAGCUAUCUUCCAGGGAUGAGAUGUUCUCCACUGAUGUGGAGGAUGACCCAACGUCUGCGCAAGUCUAUGUCGAUGGUGACAAACUGUCAGAAACCAGUGGUGUUCCCAUCCGCUCUGAUAAAGAUCACAAUGAUGCCUGCCCUGUCUGUGCUAAUACUUGUGCCUGCUGUGGAGCAAGCCUUCCAGAUGAGGAUGAGGCCCAGGAACCUUCUGAUCAAGACUAUGGGUGUGAGUUGGACGUGGGAGAUUUGUUAAUUGCCGGUGAAGCUCAGAGAUCAGGGUUGAGGCAGCAUUUCUCCAGGCCGCCUUGUGGUCAGCAGGUUGCCAGACACAAAGAUCGGAAGGUGCAGGAAGAAGAAAUGACUGAGCAAGACCAAGGGCAUGGUAGAAGAGAGUGUGGUGUGCAGCCCUAUGCUGCUACUAAAGAAGAAAGGGUCAAGGGCAAGGGUCCUAAAUGUUCCCAGACAAGAGCAUACACUGAACAUUAUCAGAGAGAAGGUCCAGGACAGUUAUUGGACCAGGAAACUUGGACAAGCUCCAAGGGCAAUCAGAGAUCAAGGUCCUCUAGGCCAGUUAAUGGGCUUCAAGAAAAAGGCAGGGACGGAAGACCUCCACGACGGCGGCCUUCUUGCAAAACGUUUGCUCAGCAGAGGCCCAGAAGAAAUGAAUACGAUGACCAUGACGACACUGAAUAUUCCUUUAGCCAAAGGGGCAGAGGAUCAUUAAAAAGAAGAGGCACAAGAUACUAA